AUGAAGAUAUGUCUACGCUUUGUCGGUGACCCUGUAUAUCAACAAGGUAUUGGUCAGGAACUUGGUGUUAGUCAAGCAACGGUAUCUCGGACUGUGGGUAGAGUUGUGAACAACAUAGUUGCACAGUCGAAUGACUGGAUCAAGUUUGCAACUACCAACCAUGAACUGAUGGAGGCCAAGCGGAUAUGGCAAAGCAUGUAUAAAUGUUCGACAGCAAUUGGUGUAAUUGAUUGUACACAUAUAUGAAUCCUGAAACCAAAUCGCCAUUGAGAUGAGUAUAUCAACCGAAAAGGGAAAACUACUUUAAAUGUGCAUGCCACUUGUGAUGCCAGAGAGAUGUUCGCAAGUGUUGAUGUCAGUUGGCCUGGAUCAGUGCAUGAUUCCAGAAUAUGGAGAAAUUCACAGACUAGAUCACUAGAUGACGGUUAUGGUAUUGAGCCAUGCCUUAUGACUCCCUUCAGAAAUCCUACUCCAGGUGCAGAAAUAAAUUAUAAUAAACUUUUAAAACAAAAAAGAAUUAUAAUCGCACGCUGUUUCGGCCAACUGAAAUGCCGGUUUCCUAUCAUACAGUAUGUUUGCCGCGUAAAAUUAGAAAAUGUGCCGAAAAUAAUUAUUGCUUGUAUUGUACUCCAUAAUGUUGCGAAGAGCUUGGGCGAUCCAGACUUUGAGUUAGUUGAACAAGACCCAGAUGAAGAUGAAGGAAAUCAUGAGAAUGACGAACAACUAGGUCAACAAAUACGAAGAAACUUGAGUAUUAUAAUAAAGAGUUUUACUGAUUUAAAGUGUAUUUAUAAGUUAUAAUAAGUUUUAUUUUC